UUCGCAAUUUGUUUCCAAUAUUGAAAAAUUAUUUUUUAACAUUAAAUUUAUUUCCAUCUGUGCCACCGUCAACUGAUGAACAUCAACUUAAAAAUCAAAAAAUAUCAACAAGAAUAUACGUUUUAUUGCUCACCCUAUCAAUAACAAUUCUUCUCUUAUACACAUCAUUAGCCAACGUUACAAUAACUACCAAUGUUGAAACACCUACUCUCACAAAAUAUGAACAAUUAUACUCAAAAUAUUCACAAACUCUUACUUGUCCAUGUAAACAUAUAUCAGUCAACUAUCAAAAAUUUCUUUCUAUUGAGUAUACAUUUCAUCAAAUAUGCACCAGUGUUUUCAUUACCGACGAAUGGAUUUCAUAUCUGAUGAUGUGUAAUGAAUCUACAGCCGCUAAUAUAAAUUUUCAAUGGACAGGUUCAAAUGCAUUUCAAGCUCUAGGUGCAUUUUGUGAAUUAAUCGAAAGUACAAUUAAUAAUAGUCUGAUUCAAUUUAAUUCAAGUCAAUAUAUUACUGCAUCUAUCGCAUCAUUAGAAUUAUUCACGUCACAAGCUCAAUCAUUCGUUGAUCAGUUCAUAUCAGCAACAACAAAUACAUUUGUAUCAUCUCUUAAUACUGUCCGAAACUCAACUCACGGAGAUAGUUUAGUCUCUGGCUUAUUGACAAAUUACUUAAUAAGCGUAGGUACAUCCGUGUCUAAUGAAGCUAUUGUUCUUACCGGUUCAGUAAGUUACUCUAACUGUGGUUGUGAACGAUCAAGUACAUGUAUCGCACAAUCUUCCAUUUUGAGUAGCCAGGCUAAUAUGGGAACGUUUUAUGUACCAGGUUUCUAUACAGGAUGCUAUGUAGUUGAAGCACUACUUCAAUCUACUCUUCGAUGCUUUUAUGACCAAAAUUGUAUAAAUGAAUUACAACUUUACUUACCAACUGCUUCGCUAAUCAAUGCAAAAGCUCUUAACUCAUCUUUACCAAGUCAAUAUUCUGAAGAUUCAACAAUUGAAUAUCUUCUUAAUAGUUUAAUGAUCGAAGAAUGGAAAUCAACACAAAUGUAUGGUCAGUAUUAUGAUGAAUGUCAACCUAUAGAAUGUACUUAUACUAUUAGAACAAGAAAUAGCGUAAUUUACAUUAUUACCACUAUUUUUGGCAUUAUUGGUGGUCUUAUAACAGUUCUACGUUGCGUUGUACCACAAGUGGUCAAAGUUUUCAAUGUAACAGGUUUCCAUGUAGGAUGUUAUACGACUGAAGCAUUGCUUCGAUCUACUCUCGAAUGCUUUUAUAAUCAAACCUGUAUAGAUGUAUUGCAAUAUUAUUUGUUACCACGUGUUCUCAUGAAUAUAACAGCUCUGAACUCAUCUUUACCAAGUCAAUAUUCUCAAGAUUCAACAAUUGAAUAUCUUCUUAAUAAUUUAAUGAUCGAAGAAUGGAAUCCAACACAAAUGUAUGCUCAGUACUAUAAUGAAUGUCAACCUAUAGAAUGCACUUAUACUAUUAGAACAAGAAACAAUAUAUUUUAUGUUAUCACCACAUUAAUUGGUAUAAUUGGUGGAUUGACAAGAGUUUCAAAAAUUCUCGUACCAAUAUUAGUUAAAAUCAUCGUAUAUUGCUUUCGAAAAUGGAGAAACAGAGUUGUUCCACAAAUAUCAAUUAUUCAAACGUGA